AAAAGAAAAAGAAAAAGAAAAAGAAAGCAAUGGGUUCUCUUGCACACGUGGUGGAGGACUGCCUGGGUCUAAUCCAGGUGUUCAGCGACGGCUCGAUUUUCCGGUCAUACGAAAACCUCAAGUUCCCUAUGGAAGUUCAAGACGACGGGACUGCCGUCUGGAAGGACUGCUUUUACGACGAGGAGCACGAACUCCAGCUCCGCCUCUACAAGCCGAGCUCCGCGCCAGCUGGCGCCACCUGUCUUCCCGUCCUCUUCUUCUUCCGUGGUGGGGGAUUCUGUCUUGGUGACCGAACGUGGCCCAACGCCCACAACUGCUGCCUCCGGCUGGCGGCGGCGCUCGGGGUCCUGUUGGUGGCGCCGGACUACCGCCUGGCGCCGGAGCACAGGCUGCCGGCGGCUGUGGAAGACUCCCGGAGGGCGGUGAGGUGGCUGAGGGAGCAGGCGAUGGCGGGGGAGGACGAGUGGCUGCAGGGAGUGGACUUUGGGAGGGUUUUUGUGGCGGGGGAUUCUUCCGGCGGGAACCUGGCCCACCACCUGGCGGUGGAGCUCCGGCGAGGGUCGCCGGGGAUGGAGCCGGUGAGGGUGAGGGGUUACGUGCUGAUGGCGCCGUUUUUUGGCGGGACGGAAAGAACUAAGUCUGAGGCCGACGGCCCACCGGAAAAGUUCCUCAAUCUCGAUAUGCUGGACAGAUUUUGGAGGUUAUCGUUGCCUAUCGGGAGCACAGCAGACGACCCAUGGGCCAAUCCAUUUGGGCCGUUAAGCCCAAAUCUCGAAUCCACGAAACUUGACCCAAUACUUGUACUAGUGGGCGGAUGUGAGGUGAUGAAAGACAGAAUCGAAGACUAUUACAAAAGAUUGAAAGCCAUGGGCAAAGACAUUGAGUACGUUGAGUAUGAAGGGGAAGAACACGGGUUUUUCGGCAAUCAGCCUUUCUCUCAAGUGUCCACCAAAGUUAUACAAGAUAUUGCUCAUUUUAUGCAUAGAAACUCCAUCUAGAAAUAUAGUUUCCUUCUCUUUAAAUGCUCUUUUCCGUAUUCCGAAAAAUAAAAUGUUGGGUUUAAGUUUAAUGGCCAAAAUUAGUUGUUACCAUGGCGUGUAUUUGAAAGAGCUGAAACUUUGUCUAUCUUAAAGUGCUUUCGGAAAAGAUGUCCUCUUAUCGAGUAUCUUAUUGGAA